GUUCAUUCUAGCACGUGAAGGUCAGUGAAAAUAGCCAAACGGGCGGCGAAAUUACAAUAAAUAUUGUAAUUUAUUGUAAUUUCCAUCAGUUCUGGGGAAGUAUGGAAGGCCAGGGAGUGACAGCUAAUCCCCAGCUUCAACGUUUUAUGGAAAUAGAGUCUCAGAAACAAAGAUUUCAGCAGCUGGUGCAUCAGAUGACUGAGGUUUGCUGGGAAAAGUGUAUGGACAAACCCGGACCAAAGUUGGAUUCCAGGACGGAAACGUGUUUCGUAAAUUGCGUGGAGCGAUUUAUUGACACCAGCCAAUUCAUCCUUAAUAGACUGGAGCAAACCCAGAGGAGCAAAGGUGCAUUCUCAGAGUCGAUGUUAGACUAAAAAAAAAAAAACCAUUGACUGGAAGUUUGGAGGAAAAGGCACAUGGUCAUGGCUCGGAGAGGAGAUGAAUGAUUCUGAUGCUGCUGUCUGUUCAGUACUCUGAAGAAGUGUGCAACCAGCUGGGAAAGUGUUACCUUUGACUCAGGUGCCUGAGAUUCAAACCACGUAGGGUUUCACUUGGUCUCUGCUGGACUAUGAGGGUGGUUUGUAUGCUGGCCGUCAGCUCAUUGAAUUAGGCUAAAUUAACAAACUGUAAAACUAAGUGUCAACGUUUGAGUAUCCUUGGAAAGAUGCGUGCUUCUGGAAUCUUGCCAUCUGUUUUUAACAGGUACAAGGACUAAAGAGAGUAUUGCUGAUUAAAUAAGCCUUCAAUGUCCUGACUGAAGAGAUGUGAACAACAGUUAAAAGAUUCUGGACUGUAAUUAUGCAAUAAACCAAAUGCCAAAUAA